AGGGAUAGAGAGAGGGCAGUCAGAGGAAUUGUAGAGAGCAAGAAGGAAAACAGGGGGAACAGGGAGAGACAGAGGAAAUGAGUGAGAAAGAAGAGGUAGAUAGAGGGACAGAAGAGAGAAGCAGCUGGAACAGUGUAGUAUACUCUAGUUAACUGGACACCGUGGACAGACCACACUGCACUAACCCCUAGCUCAUCUUUGUUCUGUUUUAAAGACUGGAUCUAUGAGACUGAACUGCUGUCUAGAACACCUGAGCAAAAGUCCAUUCAAUGUCUUGUGGAAGAAGUGAAGGUGAAAAUGGUUCGGUGGUUCCACAGGGAUAUCUCUGGCUUGGAUGCUGAGUCUGUUUUGAAGAGCCGGGGCGUCCAUGGCAGCUUCCUGGCCCGACCCAGCAGGAAGAACCAGGGAGACUUCUCUCUCUCUGUCAGGGUGGGUGAGCUGGUGACCCACAUCCGUAUCCAAAACACAGGGGACUUCUACGACCUGUAUGGAGGGGAGAAGUUUGCCACGCUGUCCGAGCUGGUGGAGCACUACACUGCAGAGAACGGGAUCCUGCAGGACAAAGACGGCACCAUCAUCGAGCUCAAAUACCCCUUCAACUGCUCUGACCCCACCACCGAGAGGUGGUAUCAUGGACACCUGUCAGGCCCCAACGCAGAGAAGUUGCUAUGGGAACGGGACGAGCCGGGCACCUUCCUGGUGCGGGAGUCUCUGUCCAAACCUGGAGACUUUGUUCUGUCUGUUCUGACUGAGGAGAAGAGCAAGGCAUCCUGCGGAGGGAGGAGGGUCUCACACAUAAAGAUCAUGUGCCAGAAUGACUGGUACACGGUGGGAGGCACAGAGAUGUUUGACACCCUGGCUGACCUGAUGGAGCACUACAAACGCAAAGGCAUCGAGGAGAUUUCUGGAACCUGGGUGCACCUCAAACAGCCCUACUUUUCCACCAGAGUGAAUGCAGCAGACAUUGACAGCAGAGUGAGGCUGCUGGACCAGAUGGCCGAGAGAGAGAACGAGGGAGACAAGAAGAGCAAAGCAGGAUUCUGGGAGGAGUUUGAUGCCCUUCAAAAGCAGGAGACAAAGGUGAAGAAGAGCAGAGAAGAAGGGAUGAGACCAGAAAACAAAAGCAAAAACCGAUAUAAGAACAUCCUUCCUUUUGAUGAGACCAGGGUCAUUCUGUCGUCUGGAGACCCCGAUAUUAUUGGCUCAGAUUACAUCAAUGGCAACUAUGUGACAAAUAAGCUGCAGGAGCCCAGUGACCAGAAGGUGUACAUCGCCUGUCAGGGCUGCCUUGCAACAACUGUCAACGAUUUCUGGCAGAUGGUGUGGCAGGAGAGGACAAGGGUCAUCGUCAUGACAACCAGGGAGGUCGAGAAGGGACGGAAUAAAUGCGUGCCAUACUGGCCAGAAAUGCAGGGCUCCAAAGAGGUGGGGCCGUAUGUGGUCACCUGGGUCUCUGAGAGAGAUGCCACUGACUACAAGAUCAGGGUUAUGGAGAUCUCCCCUCUGGAUCAGUCGGACUCGGUCCGUACUAUCUGGCACUACCAGUACCUGAGCUGGCCCGACCAUGGAGUUCCCGAGGAGCCAGGAGGGGUGCUCAGCUUCCUCACUCAGGUCAACACAAAACAGGCCGAGUUCGCCAACGCCGGGCCAAUGAUCAUCCACUGCAGUGCUGGAAUAGGCCGAACUGGCACCAUUGUGGUGAUCGACAUGAUCAUCGAGACCAUCGACACAAAAGGUCUGGACUGUGACAUAGACAUCCAGAAGAGCAUCCAGAUGGUGAGAGACCAGCGGUCAGGCAUGGUGCAGACUGAAGCCCAGUACAAGUUCAUCUACCUGGCCGUCUCUGACUACAUAGAGGCCUCCAAGACCUACAACAAGGGGGCUGAGACAGAGUAUGGAAAUUUGCAGUUCAAACACCAGCCUGCCAGCCGCAAGGUCUCCAAAAACAAGGAACGUGAAUUGUAUGAAAACCUAGCCAAAGGAAAGAAAGAUGUGAAGAAGCAGAAGUCAGAUGAGAAGAAGAGUGGCUCCGUGAGAAAAAGAUAGAGGAUGAGAGAGCUGUGUCCUGAUGAUUUAAUAUUGAAUUUGAUAUAAAAAAAAUAUUUUAAAAGAUGUAUCUUAGUGUUUUUUGAUAUCAAGUGAUAAAGUUGAUGUCUGUGAUAUAAAUAAGAUUAUAAAGCAAAGUACUGAUAGCCGUGAACCAUGGAACCAUUCUGCACCCAUGCAAAUGGUAAUAGAUUUAAGCAUUCAUUUCUUUCUUCAUCACAAGUGUAUUGUAUCCAUGGAUGCAAAGCCUAUAGAAUAUUCUGCAAUUAAUAUAAUAAAAUGCCAUGACCACGGGAUCUAGCACAGCGGGACACACAGGCUCUCUGACAUUCCAAUGAAAGUUUUGGAUAAGACAUAUCUCUAUAAUGAGCUAUUAUGUUUAUAGACUAACAUUGGAAACAUCACUGGGCUCCCCCAGAGUCGCCGACGACCCCAAGUGGCUGCCCGGAGUGAGAUUAAAACUUUGAGCGAGAUGAAUGAACUUUCCCCCGCCUCUCUCUUCUCG